AUGGCGGCGCUGCGCCUGGUGCAGCGGGUGGUGCGGCUGUCCCGGCUGUCCCCGUGUCGGGCCGCCUCGGGGAGCCCUACGCCCUCCGUGCCCGAGCGCAUCGAGGAGAAGCGCCGAGCCGCGUUGCUCGGUGGCGGCCAGGCCCGCAUCGACGCCCAGCACAAGCGGGGAAAGCUGACAGCAAGGGAACGAAUUCUGCUGCUCUUGGACGCUGACAGUUUUGAUGAAUAUGACAUGUUUGUGGAACACAGGUGUUCUGACUUUGGGAUGGACUCUAGUAAGAAUAAGUAUCCUGGAGACAGUGUGGUGACUGGUCGUGGACGGAUUAAUGGAAGACUGGCUUAUGUUUUCAGUCAGGAUUUUACUGUAUUUGGAGGCAGUUUAUCUGGAGCUCACGCCCAGAAGAUCUGCAAGAUCAUGGAUCAAGCUGCUAUGGUCGGAGCACCUGUGAUUGGGCUGAAUGACUCUGGAGGAGCCCGUAUCCAGGAGGGAGUGGAGUCCUUGGCAGGCUAUGCAGACAUAUUUUUGAGAAAUGUUCUGUGUUCUGGGGUAGUUCCACAGAUCUCCCUCAUUAUGGGUCCUUGUGCUGGUGGAGCUGUGUAUUCGCCUGCUCUCACUGAUUUCACGUUCAUGGUGAAGGAUACAUCCUAUCUCUUCAUCACUGGCCCGGAUGUAGUUAAGUCUGUUACCAAUGAAGAUGUCACCCAGGAGCAGCUUGGGGGUGCAAGAACGCACACUGCUGUAUCUGGAGUGGCUCACAGAGCCUUUGAGAACGAUAUAGAUGCUUUACUUCAGCUUCGAGAGUUCAUUAAUUAUUUACCUCUUAGCAACCGGGAUCCAGCUCCAGUUUGUGAAUGCCAUGAUCCCAGUGACCGUUUGGUUCCUGAGCUGGACACAGUUGUCCCAACUGAAUCUACUAAAGCCUAUGACAUGCUGGAUAUCAUACACUCUAUUGUGGAUGAAAGGGAGUUCUUCGAGAUCAUGCCUUCCUACGCCAGAAACAUAGUUGUUGGAUUUGCCAGGAUGAAUGGACGAACGGUUGGGAUAGUUGGCAACCAACCCAAAGUAGCAUCAGGGUGCUUAGACAUAAAUUCUUCAGUGAAGGGAGCCCGCUUUGUUCGUUUCUGUGAUGCUUUCAACAUACCACUGAUUACCUUUGUGGAUGUUCCUGGAUUUUUGCCAGGUACAGCUCAGGAGUAUGGUGGAAUCAUACGUCAUGGUGCAAAGCUAUUGUUUGCCUUUGCAGAAGCAACUGUGCCUAAAAUCACUAUCAUCACCAGAAAGGCCUAUGGGGGUGCCUAUGAUGUGAUGAGCUCAAAGCAUUUAAGAGGAGAUGCAAAUUAUGCCUGGCCUACUGCAGAAGUGGCAGUGAUGGGAGCAAAGGGUGCUGUCCAGAUCAUUUUCAGAGGAAAAGAGGCAAAUGCAGAAGCAGAAUAUGUAGAGAAGUUUGCAAACCCCUUCCCAGCAGCCAUGAGAGGGUUUGUUGAUGAUAUCAUCCAACCUUCGACCACCCGCAGGCGCAUCUGCCAUGACCUAGAGGUGCUGGCCAGUAAAACACAGUCCAGUCCCUGGAAGAAGCAUGCCAACAUCCCACUGUGAGUGUGAGGAGGAGCCUUGCCAUGCUGGGUGAUGUGGCAGUAGUCUGAUCACAUAUAUUCUGUUUCAGUGGAGGUCUACUUUGCAUUGGAAAUAUUCCUUUUGAUUUUGCUAAUGACUAUCAA